AACGUUGGAUAAGUGAGUGUUGGAUAAGUGAGACUCUACUGUAAUUGAUUACAGUAGAGUCUCGUUUAUCCAACAUAAACGGGCCGGCAGAACGUUGCAUAAGCGAAUAUGUUGGAUAAUAAGGAGAGAUUAAGGAAAAACCUAUUAAACAUCAAAUUAGGUUAUGAUUUUACAAAUUAAACACCAAAAUAUCAUGCUAUAUAACAAAUUUGACAGAAAAAGUAGUUCAAUACACAGUAAUGUUAUGUAGUAAUUACUGUAUUUACGAAUUUAGCACCAAAAUAUCACAAUGUAUUGAAAACAUUGACUACAAAAAUGCGUUGGAUAAUCCGGAAUGUUGGAUAAGCGAGUGUUGGAUAAGUGAGACUCUACUGUAUAUAUAUAUUUUUAUUUUCUUUUUCAUUAUCUUAUCACAAAUAUUCUCUUUGACCAUGAAGCCCUUUACUUUAUCUUCUUUAUAACAUUCUUUAAUUUGGUAAUAUUGGAACCAGGUUAUCUUCAGGUUCGAUUGCUUGAUUUCAUCAUAUGUUUUUAUCGUCAGGUCUUUAUCUUGAUGUUUUUCUUGAUGUUUAGCUGCAACCCAGCUUUUGCACCUUCUUUCACCUUGGUUCUAAGGCUCCUUGGCGCCUCCUCACAUUCAGCCAUCAGAGAAGUAUCAUUUGCAUAUCUAAGGUUGUUAAUGUUUCUUCAGCCUUGGAUGGAAUGAUAGGAUCCUAGAGUUGGAUGAGACUUCCAAAGAGCAUCCAGUCCGACCCCCUUCUUCCAUGGAGGAAAAGCACAUUCAAAGUACCACGGACAUAUGAGCAUCCAGUCUCUGUUUAAAAGUCUCCAAGAAGGCCUCAAAGGCAGAGAGUUCCACAAUUGAACUGCUCUAAUUAUAAUCUUUCUAAAGUUCUUCCUAAAACUCAAGUGGAAUAUCUUCUCCCGUUCUUUGAACCCAUGGCAGAAAAGAAGCUUGGUCCCUCCAUCCUUAUGAUAACCUUUCUCCUUGUGACAUGAUGGUCAAGUGAGGGCUCCUGGAGUGGUCUGUGCUUGUGCCAAUACCCCAUCCUCUUCUUCUUCCUUCUGGGCCCCAAGAGAACCCUUUCCGAGGCAGUGUUCCAGGAGGAAGAGGACGAAGAAGACUUGGACAAAUGGUUAGAAUGCAUGAUCAUCAAGUUUGCAGACGACACCAAACUGGGAGGGAUACUAAUAAUCCAGAAGACAGGAGUAGAAUUCAAAACAAUCUUGCCAAAUUAGAGAGAUGGGCUGAAACUAACAAAAUGAAGUUCAACAGGGAUAAAUGCAAGAUACUUCACUUUGAGAGAAAAAAUGGAAUGCAAAGAUACAGAAUGAGGAUGCCUGGCUCGAAAGCAUGACAUGUGAAAAAGAUCUUGGAGUCCUCGUGGACAACAAGUUAAACAUGAGCCAACAAUGUGAUGCAGCAGCGAAAAAAGCCAAUGGGAUUUUGGCUUGCAUCAAUAGGGGUAUAGUGUCUAGAUCCAGGGAAGUCAUGCCACCCCUCUAUUCUGCCUUGGUCAGACCACACCUGGAAUCACACUGUGUCCAAUUCUGGGCACCACAGUUGAAGGGAGAUGUUGACAAGCUGGAAAGCGUCCAGAGGAGGAUGACUAAAAUGAUCAAGGGUCUGGAGAACAAGCCCUAUGAGGAGCGGCUUAAAGAGCUGGGCAUGUUUAGCCUGCAGAAGAGAAGACUGAGAAGAGAUAUGAUAGCCAUGUACAAAUGACAAGCUGGAAAGCGUCCAGAGGAGGGCAACUAAAAUGAUCAAGGGUCUGGAGAACAAGCCCUAUGAGGAGCGGCUUAAAGAACUGGGCAUGUUUAGCCUGCAGAAGAGAAGGCUGAGAGGAGACAUGAUAGGUAAAGGUUUCCCCUGAGGUUAAGUCCAGUCAUGUCUGACUCUGGGGGUUGGUGCUCAUCUCCAUUUCUAAGCCGAAGAGCUGGCGUUGUCCGUAGACACCUCCAAGGUCAUAUGGCCGGCAUGACUGCAUGGAGCGCCGUUAUCUUCCCGCCGGAGCGGUACCUAUUGAUCUACUCACAUUGGCAUGUUUUCGAACUGCUCUGUUGGCAGGAGUUGGAGCAACAGCGGGCGCUCAAGCCGCUCCCAGGAUUUGAACCUGGGACCUUUCGGUCUGCAAGUUCAGCAGCUCAGCGCUUUAACGCACUUCGCCAUCGGGGCUCCUGGAGACAUGAUAAAAAUUAAAGGUUUUCCCCUGAUGUUAAGUCCAGUCGUGACCGACUCUGGGGGUUGGUGCUCAUCUCCAUUUCUAAGCUGAAGAGCUGGCGUUGUCCGUAGACACCUCCAAGGUCAUGUGGCCGGCAUGACUGCAUGGAGCGCCGUUACCUUCCCGCCGGAGCAGUACCUAUUGAUCUACUCACAUUGGCAUGUUUUCGAACUGCUAGGUUGGCAGGAGCUGGGGCUAGCAGCGGGUGCUAAAGCCGCUCCCAGGAUUUGAACCUGGGACCUUUCGGUCUGCAAGUUCAACAGCUCAGCGUUUUAACGCACUUCGCCUUCGGGGCUCCUGGAGACAUGAUAGCCAUGUACAUAUACGUGAGGGGAAGUCAUAGGGAGGAGGGAGCAAGAUGGUUUUCUGCUGCCCUGGAGACUAGGACUUGGGACAAUGGCUUCAAACUACAGGAAAGGAGAUUCCACCUGAACUUCAGGAAGAACUUCCUCACUGUGAGAGCUGUUCAGCAGUGGAACUCUCUGCCCCCGGCGUGUGGUGGAGGCUCCUUCUUUGGAGGCUUUUAAGCAGAGGCUGGAUGGCUAUAUGUCGGGGUUGUUUUGAAUGUGACUUUCCUGCUUCUUGGCAGAAUGAGGUUGGACUGGAUGGCCCACGAGGUCUCUUCCAACUCUACGAUUCUGGGAGUUUUGUGUGUUCGGCGGCGGGGUCUCGGCGUUGGGCUGCGCUCACGGCGCUCCAGUCCAGGUUUUGCAUCCGUCGGGCGCUUUUUUUGGGCAGGGUCCCGUCGGAGGAGGAGGAGGAAGCGGCAGGAGGGAAGCCUGCAAGCCUGUCCCGUCCUGAGCGCAGGUCCGAAAGCCCGGGAGGAGAGGCGGUGAGAGCGUCUUCUUGGGCAGCUCCGAGCUUACUGGUGCAAACAGGACGGUGGAUCCAACUGCCCCACAGAUGGGACUCUUACCUACCACCUCCCACACUCCUUAUGGGGCUGGAAACAGAAUCCUGCUGUCGGCAACUUAAUGCUUCUGUGGCCACAGUCUUGGCGCAAGAGGAAGGCGGCCAUUCACUCAGUUUCGCAUGCAGACAUAUGGUCCUAGCCCGGCCCCUGUCGCAUUAGGAGGAAGGAAGGAAGGGGUCCUGGGCCGGAUCCUUCCAUCCGCGCUGCCCCCAAGGGCCCCGGGCGGCUGGGACGUGACUAUGCAGCUUGGGCCGCUGCUGCUGUGUGCCGUGGUGGUCUUCCUCAGCCGGGUGGAUCUGGCAAAAAACAGCAGCAGCAGCAGGGCACCGAAGGGCAAGCGGCAGAGGCGAAUCAGUGCCGAGAUGAGCCAGGGCUGUGACAAGGGGUGCGACCUCUGCUCCGAGUUCAAUGGCUGCCUCCGCUGCUGCCCCAGGCUCUUCAUCCUCCUGGAGCGGAACGACAUCCGCCAGACCGGCAUUUGCCUCCAAUCCUGUCCGUCGGGCUACUUCGGCCUGCGGAACCCAGACAUGAACAAGUGCAUCAAAUGCAAAAUCGAGAACUGUGAGGAGUGCUUCAGCCGCAACUUUUGCACAAAGUGCAAGGAAGGCUUUCACUUGCACAAGGGAAGGUGCUAUAACUGCACCAAGGACUUCUCAGCUGCCAACAGCACCGUGGAAUGCAACAGCCCCGCCCAAUGUGAAAUGAGCGAAUGGGGUCCCUGGGGGCCCUGCUUGAAGAAGCAGAAGGUGUGCGGGUUCCGGAAGGGCAAGGAAGAACGUUCCAGAAGGAUCCUCCAGGCGCCUUCCGGGGAGGAGUCCGUCUGUCCGGCCGUCACAAACUCCCGGAGGUGCACCGUGCAGAGGAAUCCGUGUCCAGAAGGUCAGAAGAACAAGAAGGACGGCCAAGGCCUUGCAAGAAAGGACAGGGGUCGGAAAGAGGGCAAGGAGAGCCGGAUGGGCGCCAGGAGGAGGAAGGGCCAGCAGUUCCAGGGGGGAACACCAUCAACCACCAGCCCCCCUCAGUAGAGGCCCCUCUGCUGCUGCUGCUAUGGACACAAAUGUGCCUUCAAACCGAACAACGGCACCAAGGGAGCCGGACAGAGAUGGCCAGACAGAUGGGCCAGAAGACAUCCAGGGCGGCAUAGACUGGACAUGGGCUCAGACUCCUUGAGGAGAGCAGUGGACCCUUGGGGCAUCUCCCUCGGUGAAACCAGACUUUCCACUGGAAAAAUGUAUCGUUUGAGGAGAAUUGGUCAGUGGAAUCUCCAGCUGAGGAGCUACCCAUAGAAACAGGACAGAUGUGGUUUCUGGCUCUAAGGCUGAGGCUGGAAAGGGUUUGCUCAAGAUCUGGAAAGGCAUGAAGGCUUCUUCCCUCCCUCUCUCCCUUCCUCUCUUGUGAUUCAAGCUGGACCACAGAGAAUGCAUGUCUUCCAUGUUGGUGAUCCACAUUCAGGGGCAUCCGCUCUAAAACUGCUCCCAAAUCUCAAAUUAAAAAAAAAAGACCCCAAACUCUG